GGGUUGCUGCUAUCAGCAGGUCAGGAAAGAUGGCGGCGGAGGAGAGCAGGUUGAAACAGCGGCAUCAUAAAAACAGCAUCUUCAGAGAAGAUGGUCAUGGGUUUAAAUCGGAUUCAUCACAGCUGAGAUAUGAAGAGGAGGAUGAUGAUGAUCUGCUGGAUGAAGAAGAAGAAGAAGAAGAAGAGGAGGAGGUGAGUGUAGCCCGGCCGGUCCAGAUCGUGGUGGCGGAUGAGGAGGAGCACUCGUUUUGGCUUCAGGAGGCCGAGCUGGAGCGGCUGCUGCUGCAUGAGGAGGUGCAGGACCUCCACGUGGUGGUCGUCUCCGUGGCUGGAGCUUUCCGCAAGGGCAAGUCGUUCCUGCUGGACUUCAUGCUGCGCUACAUGUACAAGCAGUCUACAAAGUCAUGGCUCGGUGGUGAAGACAAGCCCUUGACCGGCUUCACCUGGCGGGGCGGCUGUGAGCGGGAAACCACGGGCAUCCUGGCCUGGAGCAAGGUGUUUGUGGUGGAGAAACCAGAUGGCAGCAGGGUUGCUGUUUUACUAAUCGACACACAAGGUGCUUUUGACAGCCAGUCCACCAUCAAAGACUGCGCCACCCUGUUUGCUUUGAGCACCAUGACCAGCUCUGUCCAGGUGUAUAAUCUAUCUCAGAAUGUCCAGGAAGAUGACCUCCAGCACCUCCAGCUCUUCACUGAAUAUGGGCGGCUUGCCAUGGAGGAGGUCUAUGAGAAACCUUUCCAGUCUCUGAUGUUUCUGAUCAGAGACUGGAGUUACCCGUACGAGCAUCCAUAUGGUCUGGAGGGAGGGCAGAGUUUCUUGGAUAAACGACUGCAGGUGAAGCAGAACCAACACGAGGAGCUGCAAAAUGUCCGCCAACACAUUCAUUCCUGCUUCUCCAACAUCAGCUGCUUCCUGCUCCCACAUCCCGGCCUGAAGGUGGCCACCAACCCUCACUUUGAUGGCCGACUCAAAGAUAUUGAUGAGGAGUUCAAGAAGGAGCUGGUGAACCUCAUCCCAGCUCUUCUCUCUCCAGAAAACUUGGUGGAGAAGGAAAUCGGAGGAGUUAAAAUCACCUGCAGAGACCUGCUGCACUACUUCAAAGCCUAUAUGAAGAUCUACCAGGGAGAAGAACUUCCCCACCCCAAGUCCAUGCUGCAGGCAACAGCUGAAGCUAAUAAUCUUGCAGCUGUAGCAGGAGCCAAAGAUGUGUACAACAAAAGCAUGGAGCAGAUCUGUGGAGGAGACAAACCCUAUAUUUCUCCAGCAGAGCUGGAGCGGCGUCACGCUGAGCUAAGGCAGUCGUCCGUCCGACAUUUCCGCACUAUCAAGAAGAUGGGAGGGGAGGAUUUCUGCCGGCGCUACCAGGAGCAGCUGGAGGCGGAGCUUGAAGAAGCCUAUGCAAACUUCACCAAGCACAACGACGGCAAGAACAUCUUCUACGCCGCGCGGACACCCGCCACGCUAUUUGCCGUCAUGUUCAUCAUGUACGUGGUGUCGCUGGUCACCGGCUUCGUAGGCAUCAGCUCUGUGGCCAUGCUGUGUAAUCUGGUGAUGGGCGUCGCGCUAACGUCACUUUGUAUCUGGGCUUACGUCAAAUACUCCGGAAAGUUUCGUGAGGUUGGGGGAGUCAUCGACAGGGUGGCUGAAACCCUCUGGGAACAGAGGACUCCACAGAAGAUUUUCUCCAAACUCUUUGAAGUGGCUCGGAGUCGAGUCCCGUUGGGGAGCCUGAUCCCAGCACCGCGGCCCCGGCUCGCCUCCAACAACAACGUCAAGAAGAAAAACUAGCCACACGCCAUCACAGCCUCGUCACAUCAUCUCCACCUUCUGCUCAGUUUUCAGUUUGAGACACUUUUUUUGUGUUUUUUGUAGAUAGAUAGUUGAUCUUCACUGUGGUGGCUGUAGGUUUAAGGACUCAGUAGAUCUGGACGAAGUGGUUUAUAUUUUAUCAUUUGUUACUGGCUGGGGUUCAGGUAUUUAUCAGUGGGAGGGGCCAUUAUUCUGUCACUGUUACCCCAGGUGUGUGGUCAUCUGUUGGAUGACGUCUCCACAUGGAUUCCCAUUUAUGUGAAUGUAUAAACGAAGAGCAUGAGCACCGAGCCCCCCCCCCCCUCUGUUGUCUUCACAUCCCCUUCUCCUCCUGCUCAUCUUCAUCAGUUUGAGUUGCUGAGCAGCACCGUGAGGAGUUGCAACCAAAGUUUACAGCUUUACGUGUAGAUGCUGAGUGGACUCACGGACCAACGAGGUUCAUGGAACUUAAUGGAAGUUUCAGUUCCCUGUUCUCCAGCCAUAUGCUGCACAUUCUGCUUUCAUGUCUAGACUCAUGAAGAAAUGUUUUCUUAGGACAAACCUGCAUCCUAAUCCAGUAUUUCCAGCCCUCAGUCUUGCCCAGGCUGUGGGAGGCUGGAAGGUGCAGUUUUUUAAGCAGAUGUGUGAAAAUCCAACCCAAUAUGAUCCUAACGGCUGUUUAUCUAGAUCGCCCAGCGACCUGCUGGCUGUUUGGCCACAGACGGGUUAAUGACUCCUUUUCUUGCUUUUCUCCUCCUGUACUAGAAAAUUUAGACAAAACACCAAAUUAUUACAUUAUAUAUUGCUGCGUUGUUGCAGUUCUGAUUCAGCCAAGUUAGCACCUGGCUAACUUCACCGCUAGUUUUUUGUUUCAUACAGUUGAUGUUUUCCAUGUUUGAUAUCAGACUUUAGUCUUUCAACACAACACUAAUUACUGGAUGCUUUUCCUUAUGCACCCAGGUUUCCUUUCUUCCUUUGGUCAUGAAAAAGAUGUAAAGAUGGAGGAACUCAAACUGCUGAAGAGAAAAUCCUUCAUUCUUUUGUCUCAGUAUUAAGCGAUAUAAGAUGUUGUGCUGCGUGGAAGCUCAAGAGUUUAAAUCAUCUAAGCUUGGGGAUGUUUUAUGGCUCACAGGUGGUGAUACAGAAACGAUAGAAAACCCCUCAGCGCUUAGUUAAACUAAAGAACUCCGCUUCCUCAAAACCAGUUAACUGAAGUGUUCAGCUGAGGAGACAAACUUAUUCACGCCUUGUUUUUAAACUUAUAAUAGCUCGGUAUUUACCUCACAUUGAGUCUGAAAGCUGAAAUUUAAAGAUCAAGUUUGUGUAAAAUACAGGGCUGGAGUCAAGGGUAAUCAGGAACUAUUUAACAAAUAAAACCAUAUCCUUCCGCUGGGAUUCCAGUUUUUACAUAAAUAGAAAACAUGUUUUACCGUCUCAGAGAAUCAAACGCUUUAAUUUUUCUCUUCCAGCUCAGCUGAGAUGAAGAUUUUAACCCUGCUUUUUAAUCCGACUUCUCUCGGUCAUUCCUCUUCCUCCUCCCCCUUCCCUCCUCCUGCGUGUUAAAGCACCAGAAGCUGUUGAAAAAAAACAUGAAACACUAAUUUUUUGUGUUUCCAGUUGUAGCUCCGCCCCUUUCAGCCGCCAUUGCUGUUUCACCUUUUUUGUUAUUUGAAGCCAAAUGUGCGAAUCGGAUGAGAUGCUCAUUCCAGAAAUCUUCGUGUUUUACUUGUAUUUUCUUCAUCAUUCCAUCCACAUCACCGCUGUGUGCUCUUUAUGUUUGUACAGUUUAGACUUUUUUAUUUUUACAGCCUCAUCCUCACACAGGCAUGUGUAUGAAAUCUAUACAUAUAUAAAUACAGAUUUUUCUAGACCUUUUUGUAGCUGGAAGAACAACAGUUGGGUGGUAGACCAGAUUCAGCUCUCUGGAUGUAAAGGAAUGCUUUUGUGAUUUUUCUGGAUGUGUCUAAUAAAUUCUUUUUUUUUUUUACAUAUAUAUAUUUGUAAAUUUAACCUUACACGAGCACUGCUACUCCACCCCCUGCUGGCAAAGAACAUUUAUAACUUGGACUUUCUUUUUCUCUCUCCUUCUUGUUGCAUUUUAAAAUUAUUUUCAUUAAUUUAUUUUUCAGUACAAUAUUAAAGCAAACUCCUACAACUC